UCCACUUCACCUCACCGUUUAAAGUUCGGAAUUGGCACGUCGCUGAAUGAUUUUGUUGUGUGCUGUCAAUAUAAGUUUAUCCGCGUUACCGCCAUAAAGCUAUGGGCGUAGUUGAGUGUAGAAAGUGAAGAGAAUGAGCAGAAAGAAGACACAAUGAAUCCCACAGACGACACCAAAACUAGGAAUGCGCCACACCUCGUCAAAGAUGAGCUCCUGGCCUCGGGGAAAUGGGUGAAGCUGGAGAAGACCACAUACGUAGACCCUGCAGGAAACACCAGGAUCUGGGAGACGGUGAGGAGGACCACCAGGCAAACCAACGCCGAUGCGGACGGUGUGGGCAUCAUCGCGCUGCUGAAGAGGACCCUGCACAAAGACUGCGUGGUGAUGGUGAAGCAGUUCCGGCCUCCUCUGGGAUGCUUCAGCCUGGAGUUUCCUGCAGGCUUGAUCGACGAGGGCGAGAGCGCCGAGGUGGCGGCGUUGAGGGAGCUGAAGGAAGAAACAGGCUACAAAGGCGAAGUGAUGGGAGUCACACCAGUGACCUGUCUGGACCCCGGCCUGUCCAACUGCACCACCCAGAUGGUCAUGGUCAACAUCAAUGGAGACGAAAUGGAGAAUAUCAACCCAACACAACAGCUAGGUGACGGAGGUGAGUUGUCUCCUUUUUUUUUGGUAGUUUUUCCACAACACAAACACUCCCACCGAAGCACACCAACUCUGACCUUUUGUGUUCUGCACCCAGAAUUUGUGGAAGUCAUCCUUUUGCCUCUAGAUGAAUUCCAGACGAAACUAGACGAGCUGCUGAAGAAGGAGAAGAUUGUGGUGGACGCCAAGGUUUACAUUUUCGCCAUGGGGAUGGUGCAGGCUUUUUUUAAGCCCAGGGAGCUCCCUGUGCUCAAGCAGUGAAAUGCCGCUCUUGCCAACUAUUACUACACAGGACUUAACACCCUUUUUUAUUGCUCCAUGUCAUGUUCAAGUAGGGACAAGCCAGGUGCAACUUUUUAAGUCAUUCCUACAUCUUAGGUCUUUAAAUGUCUAAUUUCACCUAACAUAGGAAUUGUUCACUUUUCCAUAUGUUUACAAAGUACCUUUUUCAGUGUUUGCAAUGUUGUUUGUGAUUGUUUCCUUAAUGUGUUAACAAAGGGUUAUUCAGCAAAAAAAAUGAAAAAUCCACCCCAAGCCCUUAAAAGGGUUUUCAAUACUAAUAAUCAAAGUUUGGCUCCAUGGUUCUUUGCCAAAUUUUGAAUGCACAUGUAAUAUUUUAAACAUUGAUAAUAUUGUCCUAAUAUCGCUUUAAUGUCGCUGGCCUCCUUUAGUCAUACUGUAAGAUGCAACAGAAGUAAACAAUCCAUGCUGUGGUUCAAGGGCUCCAUCUCACUGAUGCUGUAGUUACCGUAGCGACGAGCUGACUAAUAAAUGUAUUACUACCUA